AUGGCGCCCGCGCAGCGCCCGCUGCUGCCGCUGCUGCUGCUGCUGCUGCUGCUGCUGCUGCCGCCGCCGCCGCCGCCGCCGCCCUUCGCGCGCGCCGAGGACGCCGCCCGCGCCAACUCGGACCGCUACGCCGUCUACUGGAACCGUAGCAACCCCAGGUUCCACGCGGGCGCUGAGGACGACGGCGGCGGCUACGCGGUGGCGGUGAGCAUCAACGACUACCUGGACAUCUACUGCCCGCACUACGGGGCGCCGCUGCCGCCGGCCGAGCGCAUGGAGCGCUACGUGCUGUACAUGGUCAACGGCGAGGGCCACGCCUCCUGCGACCACCGGCAGCGCGGCUUCAAGCGCUGGGAGUGCAACCGGCCCGCGGCGCCCGGGGGGCCACUCAAGUUCUCCGAGAAGUUCCAGCUCUUCACGCCCUUCUCGCUGGGCUUCGAGUUCCGUCCGGGCCACGAGUACUACUACAUCUCUGCCACGCCACCCAAUGCAGUGGACCGGCCCUGCCUGCGGCUGAAGGUUUAUGUUCGGCCAACCAACGAGACGCUGUACGAGGCCCCAGAGCCCAUCUUCACCAGCAACAACUCGUGCAGUGGCCUGCACAGCUGCCGGCUGUUUCUCAGCACCGUCCCCAUGCUGUGGGCCCUCCUGGGCUCCUAGUCCCCGACCCACCAACCGGCCGGGACGCCGGCCCCAGCUGGACGGCUCACCUCCGAGACCAAAUAGAGACGCCGCUUCUCCCCCGGCCGGUGCUGCUCCACGGGGCAGGGGCCGCCCGCCCCAGGGCUGGCCAGGGCGGUGGCAGCCCCGGCCCCCCCGCGCG